UCAGCUCACCGGGAUCCAGGCUGGCCGCGGCCCCAGGCGGGCAGGUCCAUGGCGGGCCGCCAGCCAAUAUACCCUAUGAUCCCUCGUCACCACUCCUUCCUUCCCCAUCGCGAAUCGAAAACCACCCAUCCGCCAUUGCGCUCGCCGCUUCGAUCCGACAAGAGAGGCGGAAGGAAUUCUGAGUGACCGAGGAGGGCCGCAGCCCGCAGAAGAAAGGGCCAUGGACCCGUGCCCGUUCGUGCGGGUGCUGGUCGGCAACCUGGCGCUCAAGAUGCCGGCGUUCCCGCGCGGCGGCGGCGGCGCCGGCGUGCACCCGACCACCGCGCCCUGCUACUGCCGGAUCCGCCUCGACAAGCUGCCCUACCAGACCGCCACGGCCCCGCUGCUGCCGUCCGCCGAGGAGGGCCCCGCCUCCUGCACGGGCGCCUUCGCCGCCGCCUUCCACGUCUCCAAGGCCGACCUCGACCGCGCCACCGCCAAGCCCGCGCUCUUCGGGCCCCGCCGCACCGCGCGCCUCAAGGUCGCCGUCUACGCGGGGCGCAGGGGCGCCACCUGCGCCGGGGCCGCCUCGUGGAGGCUGCUCGGCAAGGUCGUCGUCCCGCUCGACCUCCGCGCCGCCGUCGCCAAGCCCGUCGUCUUCCACAGCGGCUGGGUCGGCAUCGGCAAGCGCCGCGCCGGCCGCAAGGCGGCGCCCGCGCCCGCGCCCGCGGCCUCCUCAGGCGGCGCCGCGCAGCUCAACCUGACCGUGCGCGCGGAGCCCGACCCGCGGUUCGUCUUCGAGUUCGACGGCGAGCCCGAGUGCAGCCCGCAGGUGCUCCAGGUGCAGGGCCGCAUGAAGCAGCCCAUGUUCACCUGCAAGUUCUCCUGCCGCAGCAACAGCGACCUCCGCUCAAGGUCGGUGCACUCUGAUCUGGCGGGGAACGGCGGGCGCACCUGGCUGGCCAGGUUCGGGUCGGAGCGGGAGCGCGCGGGGAAGGAGCGCAAGGGGUGGUCGGUGACGGUCCACGACCUGUCGGGCUCGCCGGUGGCGCUGGCCUCGAUGGUGACCCCGUUCGUGGCGUCCCCCGGCUCGGACCUCGUGAGCCGCUCCAACCCGGGCGGCUGGCUCAUCAUGCGCCCCGUCGACGGCACCUGGACGCCGUGGGGCCGCCUCGAGUGCUGGCGCGAGCGCGGCGCGGGCGCCGGCGGCGACCUCCUGGGGUACCGCUUCGAGCUCGUCCCCGACCACACCAACUCCGGCGCGGGCGUGUGCGUGGCCGAGUCGGGCGUGCCGGCGUCCAGGGGCGGGCGGUUCGCCAUCGACCUGACGGCGGCGCAGCCGUUCGGGCGGAGCGGGUCGCCCGGGUGCAGCCCCCGCGGGAGCGGCGACCUGGGGCCCCACGGGCUGUGGCCGUUCGGGAGCUUCCGCGGGUUUGUGAUGGCGGCGGCCGUGCAGGGGGAGGGGCGGUGCAGCCGGCCGACGGUGGAGGUGGGCGUGGCGCACGUCGGGUGCGCCGAGGACGCCGCGGCGUUCGUGGCGCUGGCGGCGGCCGUGGACCUGAGCAUGGACGCGUGCCGGCUCUUCGCGUGCAAGCUGCGCCGGGAGCUCUCGGCGUCCCGCGCCGAGCUGCUCCGGUGACAAGUGUACAGCAGGCGGCAGCGGUGUGCGAGGGGUGGCUGAUGAGCGAGCGAGCUUCGUUCUCAUCGGGGUUUGUGACGAUCUUGUCCGGUCGCGGAAGUUUUGUGGCGGCGAUCGGGCGAGCUUUGCUUUGUUCUUGUGUGCGCUGGUUGAUGGUUUUGUGACUUGAGAUGAGGAGAUAGUAGUAUGUUGUGUUCGUCUUCUAGGUGCUUUUUGAAGUCGAGAAGCAAUCAGUGCAGGAGUUGUAGUAGGGGAGUGAUGUGUUGAGUCGUGUUGGUGUGUGCGUGUCUCGUGCCUAUGGAUGGAUUUUGGAAUGCUUGUUGCUACCAAAGUAAAAGUGGUAGCACUGGAUGUGGAGACGGACCGUGAUGGAAUGGAAGCAAAGGUCCCUCCUUUUUGCGCUUA